AUGACUUUUGCAGAUAUCCUGGACAACUUGGGAGGCAUGGGCCGCUUCCAAAGGAUGUCCGUCGCCUUCCUGGCCAUCCCUCUGAUGUUGCUGGCCAACCACAACCUCCUGCAGAAUUUCACGGCAGGGAUCCCCGAGCACCACUGCCAGGCCCGCAUCCUGGCCAACCACACCCGCCAUGCCAGCAACCUCACCCAGCAGCUGGGAGCCAAGAGCCUCCUCAGGAUUUCCAUCCCGAUGGAUGGGAACAAGCGGCCAGAGAAGUGCCGCCGCUUCGUCACAACCCAGUGGCGGCUCCUGGAUCCAAACGCUACCCUCCCCAGCAACGCCGCGGUGGACACUGAGCCAUGUGUCGAUGGGUGGACCUAUGACAGGAGCAUGUUCACCAACACCAUCAUCAGCGAGUGGGAUUUGGUGUGCGAUUCCCGGACCCUGAGGCAGAUGGCCCAGUCCAUCUACAUGGCCGGAGUGCUGAUCGGAUCGGUGCUGUUUGGCGGCCUCUCGGACAGGUUUGGCCGGAAAGCCCUCAUCGUCUUGAGCUACCUGUUGAUGGGGGUGGCGGGCACCUCCACUGCCUUCGCGCCAAACUACACGGCAUACUGUGUUCUCCGCUUCCUGUGUGGAAUGGCCAUGUCGGGGGUAGCGAUUAACUCCGUCUCUCUGUGCAUGGAGUGGAUUCCGACCAAGUACCGUGCCAUUGUUGGCACCAUCAACGGUUACUGCUACACCAAUGGGCAGUUCAUCCUGGCCGGACUGGCGUAUGCCAUCCCUGGCUGGCGCUGGCUGCAACUGACAGUCUCCCUGCCUUUCUUUGUAUUCUUCCUUUACUCCUGGCUGUUUGUGGAGUCGGCACGAUGGCUGGCAAUUUCAGGAAAACACGAGCGGGCAGUGAAAAGCCUCAAGAGAGCCGCCCAAAUAAACGGGAAGAAGAACGAAGGAGACAAACUUAGUGUGGAGGUUUUGAAAUCCAGCAUGCAAAAGGAGCUCUCUUCCACCACCAAAGCCAGCCACGGCAUGGCUGACCUGGUGUGGACACCUGCCGUUCGCAGAAUCUCCUGCGGGGUCUCCUUUGUCUGGUUCUCCACCGCCUUUGCCUAUUAUGGGCUGGCCAUGGACCUGCAGAACUUUGGCUUCAACAUCUACCUAACCCAGCUGGUCUUCGGUGCUGUUGACUACCCAGCCAAGCUGAUCUCAGUGCUGACCAUCACGUUUGUGGGCCGCCGGUUCUCCCAGGCUUUGUCACUUAUCCUGGCAGGGCUUUGCAUCCUGGCCAACAUCUUUGUGCCUUCGGAUCUGAGCAAUCUGCGGAUGGUUUUUGCUGUGAUCGGCAAAGGCUCCCUUGCGGCCUCCUUCAACUGCGCCUACAUCUUCUCCGGAGAGCUGUUCCCAACUGUGAUCAGGCAAUCGGGGAUGGGCCUUGGGGGUACCAUGGCCCGUGUGGGUAGCAUGAUAGCCCCUCUGGUGAAGAUGACUGGGGAAAUAUUUGCACCGUUGCCGCUGAUAAUCUAUGGAACAGCCCCCAUUAUCUCUGGCAUUGCUGCCUGUUUCCUACCAGAGACUCGGAAUGUCCCACUGCCAGAGACAAUUGAAGAAGUGGAGAGACGGUCAAGACCCCUCGGAGAGGAUGAACAACAAAUGAAGGUUCUUCUCGCCUCCACCAAAUCUGAUCCCAUCAAAGAUGGCAGCUAAGAAGACAAAAUACACAGGGGCUUUUUCACUCCACCCUCACCUGCCCACCCCAGUCUUCAGUCUUCAGGCCCCUCCCCAGGUCCUCUAAAAGUUAAAUCUCAGUGGGGAGGGAAUUGAUGGAAGCAGUGGGAUAUGCAUACACCUAUGGUACAGGCAUGUAAAUUUAAUGUGCUCGUGUGGAUGCAAAAUGUCAGCGCACUUUUUCCAGUCAUAAAUUUCUGCAUCAGCGUGCAAUUUAUUUAUUUUUCAAAAACCUGCUUGAAAAUCCAUCAGCAUUUUAUUGUGAA